AUGCAGACGUAUCUCAUGGAACCGUUGUUCUUUGCUAGUAUCGGGUUCGCAAUCCCGUUCGUAUCCUUGCGGGCAGGGAAGGAGAUCUGGAGGGGUGUGGUGUUUUCUCUUCUCAUGGCAGUUGUGAAGUUUGCCGUGGGGAUCUGGUUGUGGCUGUGGCAGCACAUGUCGUUCGUAAAGCCUCUGAAGCGAUCCGACAUGUCUGAUAGGGAUACGGAGAGCGGACAAAGUGGCCGUACAUCAGAUGAGAAAAAGCGCUCGCUUCAUCACCACACAACGGCAUUGUCGGGGAUACUUUUGGGGUCUGCGAUGGUCGCCCGUGGUGAGAUCGGCCUUCUGAUCAUCGAGAUCGGGUACAACGAGACCUCGUACGAGGAUGCGUUCAUCACGGCGGUCUGGGCGAUCCUAGUAAACACAAUCAUCGGGCCGAUGACCGUGGGGUUCCUGGUCCGGUGGUAG